AAUUUUCUACCAUGUUUAGAGGGUUGACUCCGAUGAACAAGAAAUGAUAAACAGAAUAAUAAUGCUACCAACGCCAAACAUGUAGUUCUUCUGAAGGAUCUUGACUAGAUGGAUCUGAAACUCCUGAACCGGGAUUGGGAUCAAGAAUCUUACCCAGCUUCUUCUGAUUUCUGGCUCCUCAUCUUCUUUGCUCCCUUCUUCCUUUUUCUUCGCUUAAUCCUCGACAGAUUCAUAUUCGAGAGAGUCGCUAGACGGCUGGUUUGUCCUAGAGAAGAAUGCGCUGAUUCAAGCGAGAGAAGAAAUAAGAUAGCCAAAUUCAAAGAAUCGGCCUGGAAAUGGCUGUGCUCUCUCUCUGUUGAAGCUUUUGCUCUCCACGUCACUUAUAAGGAGCCAUGGUUUAAAGACACAAGAUGCUUCUGGUUGGGACCAGGAGACCAGAUAUGGCCUGACCAAAAGAUAAAGUUGAAAAUGAAGGGAAUGUAUAUGUUUGUUGGAGGGUUAAAUGUAUAUGCCUUUUUUGCUUUGUUCUUUUGGGAAACAAGACCAUCUGAUUUCAAAGUCAUGUUAGUUCAUCACAUUGUAACCUCAUCCCUCAUCAUCUUGUCUUACGUUUUCAGAUUUGCUCGUAUAGGUUCUGUAAUAUUGGCACUUCACGAAAUCAGCGACGUGUUUCUAGAGAUAGCUUUCAAAUGA